UGGCCCUGCUGAUCACCCGAGGCGCGUCUGCAACCCCGCCGGUGAGUGAAGAAAUGGGUCCCGGCGACCUCGGUCGUAAGGAACCGUCCGGUGGCCGAUGAAUAAUUCGGGCAACUUGUCCGAGACGGCCGUAUUCGUCCAUACUUCCUGCAAAGCUCCGUUCAUUGUGUCAUUCAGCCGCCCACCUCCCACCGACUGCCCGAUUUUACGAGGGGGUCGCGAUCCGGAGAAGUGGACGCUAGCGAAAGGGGGCAAACAAAUGUGUCAGUUUGCAUCUUUCGAAGCGUUCCGACCAUGGCCACAAGUUUUGAGGUUGCUGCAUAAGAUGCGUCUCAUCUGCUGAGUGUCUGUGGCUUGGUAGAAGACUCAAUUUCCGCAAGAUCUCAUCAUACAAAUCUCACGAUGGGCAGCAAAACAACAUCAACAGCGCCGGCGCUCUACGUCGACGAAAACUGCAACUUUUCAGUCAUUCGCAACCUCCCCAUUCCCGAUCCCGUAGACGGCGAGGUCCUAGUCAAGGUACUCUACUCGGGCGUCAACCCCGCCGACGUCAAACACGCACCGAUCAUCGGCGUCCGCUCCGUCACCCUCGGCUACGACUUUUGCGGCCGCGUCGUUCAGGCCGCUGGUAAGAAUGCGUCGGCCAAUUUCAAGCCCGAUGACCUGGUGGCCGGCUACGUGCCCACGGGCAUUGGCAAGCCGAUGAGGCACGGCGCGCACCAGGAGUACUUGAGCUGUCCAGAGGACAUGCUCUUCAAGGUCCCGGAUAAUCUGCCCCAGACGCACGCCGCGAGUCUGACGGUGGUGCUGACUACGGCCGCCGACGGCUUGUACAAUAUUUUCGGGUAUCCUCUGCCCGGGGAGAAGGCAAGGGAUGGGUUCAAGGCCGGCCCGCUGCUUAUCUGGGGUGCUUCCGCCAGCGUCGGAAUCUGCAUGCUUCAGUUAGCGCGCGAAAGCGGCGCAUCGCCCAUCUUCGUCACCGCGUCGCCGGGACGGCAUGGGAUGCUCAAGAAGAUGGGAGCGACGCGCUGCUUCGACUACAACGCCCCAGACGUGAUAUCCCAAAUCAAGAAGGCGGCGGAGGAGGCUGGAGCGGGGCCGAUUCGCUACGCUGCCGAUUGUGCAGGUUCAAAUGGCGAGGUCAGCUCGGCGUCUCAGACAGAGGCGUGUGUCGAUGAGGACGCCAUUGUUCUGUCCGUCGUGGCGAAGCCUGGUGGGAGGAUCAAGAUGCCGUUGGCGUCGGCGAACACGGAGGUUACGUUACAGUUGGGCGGCGGUCAUCUUGUUACGAUCCCGGCGCGGGUGGAGGAUUGGGGGAGGAUGUGGAAGGCGUUGAUGUGGUCCGUCGAGAACUACGGCACAAAGAUUUCGAUUCCUGUGGUGGACGUGUUCAAGGGGCGUGCGGAGGAUGCGCUGGAGGAGGUGAGGAAGAUCGCUGACCAGGGAAAGUUUGGGAAGCUUGUGUUGGAGCAUCCUUUGCUGUGAAGGGGAGUUUGUGAGGUUUCCUGGGGUAUCCUUUCCCGGGUAUACUCUUGUACAAAUCGCUGUCUACCUGCAUGAAACCUUCUGUUUAACUGUUGAUUUGAACAAAAGUUAUUCCAUCUACACUCACGAGAGUCAUGCUG